AUGGAGCGAGGGAUGGAAUCAGAGGCCUUUUACGGUCUGAGUGCUCGUGGAUGGGACGGAAGCGAAGUCAGCCUUGGAUCGUUCAGAGGGUGCGUUAUUAUGAUUGCUAAUGUUGCGUCGUCAUGCAAGUUUGCUGAAAGCAACUACAAGAGCUUUGCGGGUCUUCUUGAUAAGUUCUACAGGAAAGGGCUAAGGAUUCUUUUGUUUCCCUGCAAUCAGUAUCUGGGCCAGGAGUCAAGGCCCAUUGAGGAAAUACGCGGAGAGGUGUCUAAGAAGUAUUCGGACAGGUUUGUGGUUUUUGACAAAGUCGAUGUUUUUGGGAAAGGAGCUCAUCCCGUGUUCAGGCAUCUUGUCAAUACCAAAAACGGAAAGGGGAGGCUCGGAAAUUUCAUUAAGUGGAACUUUACAAAAUUCCUCGUUGAUCGUAAGGGAUGUGUUGUUAAGAGGUUUGGGCCAAGCGAUAUUGUCAAGGAGGAUGACGAGAAUCUCUUGAGGAGUAUUGAGGAUGGGGAGAAUGGCAUGCAGAACUCCUGA